AUGGCGGACAUUAGAUUGAAGGACCUCGAGGAAUCGACCAGAAAAGAGGAUAUAAUAGAAGCAUUAGCCAAAAAGGGUGAGUGCUCCAAGGACACAAUUAAGCUAGGAGACAUCGUACCAGCCAAUAACGGACUGGGCAUGGCCUGGCUGAAAUGUCCAAUAGCCGCUGCGAAAAGACUUGCAAACUGCAAAAGGAUACUUAUCGAUUGGACAAUGGUAAGAGUGGAGUUGUUACCGGAGAGGACACUGCAAUGCCAUCGAUGCUUAGAAACCGGCCACAUAAGGAAUCAGUGUCGGAACGAAAUAGAUAGAUCGAUGGCCUGUUACAGAUGCGGGCAGAAUGGCCAUAACGCCAAAGGGUGCAAAGAAUCCGUGCACUGCAUCAUAUGUGCCGAUUAA